CUUAAGUGUUCAUUAGGGAUAGAGAUUAGUACUUCUCUGGUCUUGCAGUGAGGCGAGGCGGUAUAGAGUGAAAUACAAUGGAAGGGAAUCAAAGGUCUGUGCACAAGCUAGUGGUUGGAAAAUAAGAGAGUCAUCUUUGAAAGUAAAGCGGUUAUUUGAGAUACAACAAAGAUCCCACAGGAACGUAUAAUGGCUUGGAGAGACAUGUCAACCUUAAGUGUCAUGGAAAGGGAGUGAAAGGUCCAGUGAGGGAAUGAGUGGUCAAGAAGGACCUCUAACAUAAGCAGGUCUUAAGAAGCAUCUGAGUGAGAUUUGCGCAAAGAAUUAAGUACGGUAGCAUUAAGGAGCCACGCCAAUAGUAGAAGAGCACUGGGCAAAAAGAGGGUAAUAGGGACAGUAAUUAGUUGUCUUUGGUGCGAUAGCCAGAAUAUGCUAAAAGUGGAAGACAAGACUGCAAGAAACAGGUGCAAGACAUAAAGACUUUCCACGGAGAUUUAUUGGCCCAACAUAGUAUCAGAAAAUGUAUAUUAAGUCGAUCAUUCUUGAGGGAUUCAAGUCCUAUGCUCAGAGGACUGAAGUGAAUGGUUUUGACCCCCUCUUCAACGCUAUUACUGGUUUAAAUGGUAGUGGAAAAUCCAACAUACUGGACUCCAUCUGCUUUUUGCUGGGCAUCUCCAACCUAUCUCAGGUUCGGGCUUCUAAUCUACAAGAUUUAGUUUACAAAAAUGGGCAAGCUGGAAUUACCAAAGCCUCUGUAUCCAUCACCUUUGAUAAUUCUGACAAAAAGCAAAGCCCUUUGGGAUUCGAAGUUCAUGAUGAAAUCACAGUAACAAGGCAGGUGGUUAUUGGUGGCAGAAAUAAAUAUUUAAUCAAUGGAGUAAAUGCAAAUAACACCAGAGUACAGGAUCUCUUCUGUUCUGUUGGCCUGAAUGUUAACAACCCUCAUUUCCUCAUCAUGCAGGGUCGAAUUACAAAAGUACUGAAUAUGAAGCCUCCAGAGAUUUUAUCCAUGAUAGAAGAAGCAGCUGGAACCAGGAUGUAUGAGUAUAAAAAAAUAGCUGCCCAGAAAACUAUAGAAAAAAAAGAAGCAAAACUGAAAGAAAUUAAGACGAUACUUGAAGAAGAGAUUACUCCAACCAUUCAAAAAUUAAAAGAGGAAAGAUCUUCGUAUUUGGAGUACCAAAAAGUAAUGAGAGAAAUAGAACAUUUGAGUCGUUUAUACAUUGCUUAUCAGUUUUUGCUGGCUGAAGAUACUAAAGAGCGCUCUGCUGAGGAAUUAAAAGAAAUGCAGGAUAAAAUUAUAAAAGUUAAAGAAGAAUUGUCUGAGAAUGAUAAAAAGAUAAAGGCACUUAAUCGUGAAAUAGAAGAAUUGGAAAAACAGAAAGAUAAGGAAAUUGGAGGCGUACUCCGGUCUUUAGAAGAUGCUCUUGCAGAGGUACAGCGAGUUCAUACUAAAUCUCAAAGUGCAUUUGACCUCAAGAAGAAAAAUCUGACAAGUGAAGAAAACAAACGCCAAGAGCUGGAAAAAAAUAUGCUUGAGGAUUCUAAAACUUUAGGAGCAAAGGAGAAAGAAGUUAAGAAUAUAACAGAUAGGCUGCAAGGCCUUCAAGAGGCAAGUAACAGAGACGCCGAGGCCUUGGCGGCGGCACAGCAACACUUCAACGCCGUCUCCGCUGGCCUGUCCAGUACUGAGGACGGAGCAGAAGCCACUCUCGCUGGUCAGAUGAUCGCCUGCAAAAAUGACAUAAGCAAGGCUCAGACAGAGGCCAAGCAGGCUCAAAUGAAGUUGAAACAUGCCCAGCAAGAAUUAAAGAAUAAACAAGUAGAAGUUAAGAAGAUGGAUAGUGGCUAUCGGAAGGAUCAAGAAGCUUUAGAAGCUGUAAUAAAACUGAAAGAAAAACUUGAAACAGAAAUGAAGAAAUUAAAUUAUGAAGAAAAUAAGGAAGAAAAUCUUUUGGAAAAGCGCAAGCAACUGUCUCAUGAUAUCAGUAGACUGAAAGAGAAAUAUGAAGCUCUCUUGGCCAGGUUUCCCAGACUUCACUUUACAUACAAAGAUCCAGAGAAGAACUGGAAUAGAAAUUGUGUGAAAGGACUUGUAGCUUCUCUGAUUAGUGUGAAAGAUACUUCUACAACUAUGGCCUUAGAAUUGGUAGCUGGGGAGCGACUCUACAAUGUUGUCGUAGACACAGAGGUAACUGGUAAAAAACUACUAGAAAAAGGAGAAUUGAAACAUCGUUACACUAUAAUUCCACUCAAUAAGAUUUCAGCCAGAUGUAUUGCUCCAGAAACUUUGAGAGUUGCUCAGAAUCUUGUUGGUCCUGACAGUGUUCACAUGGCUCUCUCCCUGGUUGACUAUAAUCCAGAACUUCAGAAAGCGAUGGAAUUUGUCUUUGGAACUACAUUUGUUUGUGACAGUAUGAAUAAUGCCAAAAAAGUGGCUUUUGAUGGAAGGAUAAUGACUAGAACUGUGACUUUAGGGGGUGAUGUAUUUGAUCCUCAUGGAACAUUGAGUGGAGGUGCUCGAUCUCAGGCAGCUUCUGUUUUAACCCAGUUUCAAGAACUCAAAGGUGUUCAAGAUGAGUUGAAGAUCAAGGAGAAAGAGCUACAGGCUCUAGAGGAAGAAUUAGCACGUCUUAAAAAUACUGCUGAAAAGUAUCGCCAGCUAAAACAGCAGUGGGAAAUGAAAACUGAGGAAGCAGAUUUAUUACAAACAAAGCUCCAGCAAAGCGCAUAUCAUAAGCAACAAGAAGAAUUGGAUGCUCUUAAAAAAACUAUUGCGGAAAGUGAGGAGACCUUAAAAAACACCGAAGAAAUCCAGAAAAAAGCUGAAGAAAAAUAUAAAGUAUUAGAGCAUAAAAUGAAAAAUGCAGAAGCUGAGAGAGAAAGAGAACUAAAGGAUGCUCAAAAAAAAUUGGAUUGUGCCAAAACAAAGGCAGAUGCAUCUAGCAAGAAAAUGAAAGAAAAACAACAGGAGGUUGACGCUAUCACUCUGGAGCUUGAAGAGCUUAGAAGAGAGCAGGCAUCCUAUAAACAACAGCUCGAAGCUGUAAAUGAAGCUAUCAAAUCCUAUGAAGGUCAGAUUGAAGUAAUGGCAGCUGAGGUAGCUAAAAAUAAGGAGUUAGUCACGAUAGCUCAAGAAAAAAUGACCAAGCAAAAAGAAGUGAUAGCAGCUCAUGACAGUGUAAUUAAAACUAAAUAUGCAGAAGUGGCAAAAUAUAAGGAGCAGAACAAUGAUUCUCAACUGAAAAUUAAGGAAUUAGACCACAAUAUCAGCAAACAUAAACGGGAAGCUGAAGAGGCUGCUUCAAAGGUGUCCAAAAUGUUGAAAGAUUACGAGUGGAUUAGUGCAGAGAAACAUCUCUUUGGCCAGCCCAAUAGUGCCUAUGAUUUCAAAACUAACAACCCCAAGGAAGCUGGUCAGCGACUUCAGAAAUUACAAGAAAUGAAGGAGAAACUAGGAAGAAAUGUCAAUAUGAGAGCUAUGAAUGUACUGACAGAAGCUGAAGAGCGGUAUAAUGACUUGAUGAAGAAGAAGAGAAUUGUAGAAAAUGACAAAUCUAAAAUCCUUGCAACUAUAGAAGACCUUGACCAGAAGAAAAAUCAGGCCCUAAAUAUUGCUUGGCAAAAGGUGAACAAAGAUUUUGGGUCUAUUUUUUCUACUCUUUUGCCUGGUGCCAAUGCUAUGCUUGCACCCCCAGAAGGGCAAACUGUUUUGGAUGGUCUGGAGUUCAAGGUUGCCUUGGGAAAUACCUGGAAAGAAAAUCUAACUGAGCUUAGUGGUGGUCAGAGGUCCUUAGUGGCUUUGUCAUUAAUAUUGUCCAUGCUCCUCUUCAAACCGGCUCCAAUUUACAUCUUGGAUGAGGUAGAUGCAGCUUUGGAUCUUUCUCAUACCCAAAACAUUGGACAGAUGUUGCGAACUCAUUUCACACAUUCUCAGUUCAUUGUGGUAUCUCUAAAAGAAGGUAUGUUCAACAACGCAAAUGUUCUUUUCAAAACCAAGUUUGUGGAUGGAGUUUCUACAGUGUCCAGAUUUACUCAGAGUCAGAAUGGGAAGAUUCCAAAGGAAGCAAAAUCCAAAACAAAAGAACCCAAAUGAGCAUGCGGUGGAAGUUUAUAAAUACAAACUUACUCCUCACCUUGACCUUUUUUUUAAAAAAACAAUCUUUCAAGAACUCAGGAUCUAAUUUUUUAUAUAAAAAUAAUAAUGUUAUUCUGUCACCUAAGUACUAUCUUCUCUUCCUUUGUAUUAUCUCUUGUAAAUGAACAUAGAUUCUUUUCUAUUAAUUAGUAUAACUAUGGUCCAGUUACAGUGGUUAUGGUUUUUUGUAUAUCAUCAAAGUUUUUUUUUAUGCAGAUCUUUUAUAUAUUAGAGAGGCUGUUAUACCUGGUUGGUGAUGAAUAUAGAAGAAAAAAAUGUAGAGAAACAGAUGAAAUUAAAAUACAAGAUAAAUGUAGCUGAUAGCUUUUAGUCAGUUUAAUUGUUAAAGCAAGAUUAUGCAUGUUCUGUUGCUAAUAAUGCAGAGAAACAGAUGAAAUUAAAAUAUAGGAUAAAUGCAGCUGAUAGUGAGCUUUUAAUCAGUUUAAUUCUUAAAGCAAGAUUGUGCAUGUUCUGUGCUAAUAAAAUCAUCUACUUAGGGAAGAAUUAUAGCUGGAUGAACAAAGAAGUAGCUGGAUGAAGAAAGGGAACACAAAGCAAGCUAGGAUACCUGUCCUGAGGUAUUGCAAGCUAGUCCCUUGAGGACACAGUGCCAGAUUCUGAGACGGGAAGAGAUGUGAAGGUUUCCUGUUUUAGUGCUGUUGGAAUAUCAUGUUUCUGUACACAUACAUGGUCCCUACAACCUUCAUUUCAUUUGUUUUUUUAAAGCUUUGUAUUUUAUAGAGAUUUCGGAAGAAGUAUGCUGUGUGGUGCUCUCUGGGUUUAUUUGGUCUCUGUAUUUAAAGCUUUUUGUCCAACUUUUUGUAAUCUAAUCAGUAAUCUAAUCAGUGACAGAGCAUGUAGGGCCCGGUAGACUAAAAGUUUUUCUUGAGUCUGAUGAGCAUAUAGAUUGAUCUAUUAACUAGAAAACUAGAAUGUAUAAUGAUUAUUAUAAUUAUAUAUUCUGCUCUCUAUUUCAGAGUGGUGUAAUUUAUUAAACAGCAUAAGAAUAGUAUUUGUAGCUUUUGUUUUCUUUAGGUAUAUCAUUAAAAUAGUGUGUCUAUAACCUGAAUCCUGAAAGUUUUGAUAUGAUCUUGGAUGUGUUAUCCCUUCCUGAUACUUAACAUCUUUUCUCUAAAUACAUGCUCGUAUUUCUUGACAUUUCUCAGUCUUCAUUUGCUGUACCCAUCUAUUAUGUAAUACCUGAGUAACUGCUAUUAUGGGACACAUUGAAAUGAAUUUAAUCUAGAAUUAGUUCUGUCUGCUGUGGAAGGAAAAAGAGAUACAGCAAUAAAUGCUAAGGUAUAGGAAGUCCAGUGUCAGAAGGCAGAUCUACAGUUUUUUGCUUCCUUUCAAAAUUACUGCAGUUGUUCACCAGAACUAUUGUGUGCAUGUAUAUAAUUACCAAUAAAGUAUAACAUACAAAUUGGA